AUCCCACUGGGUGAGAGCCGGAGGCGGGGCUCUCCGAGGGGCGGGGAGGGACGGGGUGCGGGGAGGGGGUUGCAGAAGGAGCCCAGCGGCUGCUGCUCAAUGGCGGAAAAGCCGCCGGUGCUCUGAUUGCCUGGUUCCCCUAGCAGUUGCGGGGGAGUUUCCUGCCGGCGCGGCUGGAGUCUCUGUUUCUCUGCGUUCGGUGGUUGGAAGAUGCUCCAGAGAGACGAGGCUGCGGCGGAGGAGGUGGCGGCAGCCGAAUCGGCAACGGCGCUAGGGUGGAGAGAAGGCGGCAGCGGCGGCGGCGGCGGCGGCGUGAGGGGCCCGGCGGUCUAAACAGUCCCGGAGGUGGCGGAGGUGGUGGCCGAGACCCCAAGGGGGAAGCGGCGGCUGAGGCAGGGUCGCGCCUCCGUUGGAAACUUGGGCUGAAUACGGCGGGGGGGCUCUGCGGCGGGCGCGAGCGAGACGCCUUAGACUUCGCCUCCCUCCCUCGCCACAGAUUUAUUGCUAAACAUGGGUGCAUUUUUGGAUAAACCCAAAACGGAAAAACAUAAUGCUCAUGGUGCUGGGAAUGGUUUACGUUAUGGCCUGAGCAGCAUGCAAGGAUGGAGAGUGGAAAUGGAAGAUGCACACACAGCUGUUGUAGGUAUUCCUCAUGGCUUGGAAGACUGGUCAUUUUUUGCAGUUUAUGAUGGUCAUGCUGGAUCCCGAGUGGCAAAUUACUGUUCGUCACAUUUAUUAGAACACAUCACUACUAAUGAAGACUUUAGAGGACCUACAAAAUCAGGAUCUGCUCUUGAGCUUUCAGUGGAGAAUGUCAAGAAUGGUAUCAGAACUGGCUUUUUGAAAAUUGACGAAUACAUGCGUAACUUUUCAGACCUUAGAAAUGGGAUGGACAGGAGCGGGUCAACUGCAGUGGGAGUUAUGAUUUCACCUAAGCACAUCUACUUCAUCAACUGUGGUGAUUCACGUGCUGUUCUAUGUAGGAAUGGACAAGUCUGCUUUUCUACCCAGGAUCACAAACCUUGCAACCCAAGGGAAAAAGAGCGAAUCCAAAAUGCAGGAGGCAGCGUAAUGAUACAACGUGUUAAUGGUUCAUUAGCAGUGUCUCGUGCUCUGGGGGACUAUGAUUACAAGUGUGUUGAUGGCAAGGGCCCAACAGAACAACUUGUUUCUCCAGAGCCUGAGGUUUAUGAAAUUUUAAGAGCAGAAGAGGAUGAAUUUAUCAUCUUGGCUUGUGAUGGGAUCUGGGAUGUUAUGAGUAAUGAGGAGCUGUGUGAAUUUGUUAAAUCUAGACUUGAGGUAUCUGAUGACCUGGAAAAUGUGUGCAAUUGGGUAGUGGACACUUGUUUACAUAAGGGAAGUAGAGAUAACAUGAGUAUUGUACUAGUUUGCUUUUCAAAUGCCCCCAAGGUCUCAGAAGAAGCAGUGAAAAAAGAUUUAGAGUUGGAUAAGCACUUGGAAUCACGGGUUGAAGAGAUUAUGGAGAAGUCUGGUGAGGAAGGAAUGCCUGAUCUUGCCCAUGUCAUGCGCAUCUUGUCUGCAGAAAAUAUCCCUAAUUUGCCUCCCGGGGGAGGUCUUGCUGGCAAGCGCAAUGUUAUUGAAGCUGUUUAUAGUAGACUGAAUCCACAUAGAGAAAGCGAUGGGUUUGAUCCACCUUCAGCUGUAUACACAGACAAUAUUUUCACAUUUUGAAUGGCAGUCUUGAGCACGUCCAUUUGUAAACCUGCUGAGAACUCUGGUGACAAGAAAGGCAAUGACUUGGCAAACCUUCCAAACCCCCGGAAGUACAAGGACAAAAAGGGUUUUUGUAAACCUGAGUGAAAUAUGAACCCAACAUUUUAUAAUUACAGUAUUCAUGUGGCUAUUGACCUUUACUCUUAUAUUGUACUAGUGGAGACAGAGAAGAACUAUCACUGUAGCCUUCAAAAUCCUAUUUUUUCCUGUCCAUACAAUAAACACCUAUGGCUUCUUGGCAGCACUUAUGGUUUUAUUCCAGGGACUCUUGUGGUUAAAGGCAGGUUUUAAUCUGCCAUCACUGUUUUCCUAAAAGCACUGUUUGUGUCUAAAGUUGCCGGAUUUCUAGAUGUUUGUGUAAGAGCAUCUUGUGACUCUGCUUUUUAUCAUUUCCAGAUCUCUUCUGAAAGGAGGUGGUGUUUAUAGUUAAUAUGAAAGGAAGCAGGUUUGUAACUGGCUGCUCCUACACGAAUACAAAUCUUAAUAACCUUUCUAAAUUAGACCCUUUGGGGUUUAAUUUAGGUGACUUCAAAACCUAUAUUUCAGGAGUAUAGAAAAUAGUAAAUUACUUGAUCUGACAGGGAAUUGGCUCAGAUACUCCUCCAAGCAGCCAAAAAAUAGUACUUUUGGACAACCACCACUUGGGCAAGCUCCUCUCCUGUGCCUUUUUUUUACAAUUUCAUUUGUUAAUCAAUUUGCUCUUAUAACUGAGGAAUAGUAAACAACUGUAACUAUAUAGUAACUGUGUAUAUUCCCUUUCUGAAAAAUGAUAUUCUCACUGUGGGGUUGAAAAGUGCAGGAAAGUAUAGUAAAAAGGAAAAGGAACACAUUUGGUUCUUGAGGUCAAUGAUAUGCUAAGAUUAAUCCUUGCUUUUCCAAGGAAAAUAGAUAUAAAUAUUAUGGGAAGUGCUGUAGGAAAACUUUAAAGGAUAAUAAAAUUUUAAAGGAUAAUAGUAAUCUCUUUAAGAGAAAACUGUGGAAGCAUUCCCUCUCAUUUUUGGAUCCCUGCUUAAUUCUAGUAUGUAAUUGUGUGGAAUAACAAGCUUCUUUAGAAUGUUGGAUGGAUUUAUUCAUAUUUUGUUUACUCUGAGAGUGAAUGUUGAGAUAAGACUUAUUGGAAUCACCUAUGUAGGUUGUGCCUAAAGCAAUAGUGCACUAAGACAUACCUUUAAGACAAACUGGGUCAAAAUUAGAUUCUUCCCACAUGUUUCAGAAUAGUUAUGGGUAAGCUGAAUUGUAUAAAGAAAAUCAUAAGUGAAGUGCACUUGGAUGCUUGGCUAUGUAAACUCUCUUUGAGAAGGAAGGAAUUCUUUACUAGUAACUCAUGUUUUUGUGUGUAUCUUUGUCUACAUAUAAUAGGGAAAUAUAUAUACGUAGACACACAUUUUUAAGGUUUUUGGUUUCUGCAGGGAGGGGCAUACAUGGAUGUUCCAGUGUACCACACUAAUAUGGUGAAACGUCAUUCAUCAUCAAAAAUUUAUAUAUCAGUGAUGAUUAACACUAGAAAAAGGGUGCUGAAAUAAACUGUAUUUACUAGACAGAUUUCACAUCAGGAAACAACACACACAGCUGCUUAUCCAUUUGAGAGAGUAGCCAAUAAAGCAAACUCUCAAGGUUUUGGACUUUCACAUCUCCUAAAGUUUUAGCAUAGUAGUUCUGAAGACUUGUCAUUUUUUGUGUUCUUCAAAGAGUAGUAAAUUUUGUAGCUGAGCAGAUAUUUAAGUACAAAUUUGUAAAAGGUCAAAGGUGGAAAAAACAUGAAUGCCAGAUGGUUUUCAGCAGCCUGAGUCUCAAGACAGAAGUCCACUUCCAUCUUCAGACAGCUCUGCCUGUCCUCAGCUGUGUCUAUGUCCUCACCUCAUUUGUCUUAAUCGAUCCUUGAUGCCAAAUAUCUAAUCAUAUCACUUAGGAAGCCUCUCAGCAUCUUUUCAUUUUCCGUUAUUUCAUUCCGUAUAUAUUGUGACUUUGACUGUAUUUACCACCAACAGGACAAAAUCCUUUUGUCCACAUACGCUGUCAUUUUCUCGAUCUUUCUUACAGUAUGCAACUCAGAACUGAACACUUUCCAAUGGCAGAACUGUGUCAUCCUUUGUUCUGGGGAGUACUCUUCAUUCUUCUGUUUGAAACCCAGGUAUUAGACUAGCUUUUCUGACAACCGCAUGGUACAGUUUGAGUCCUUUGAGCUUAGUUAUUUUUGCUGCUUGUAGACAGUAUUUGAGUUAAGUUCGUUAAAUCUUUUGACUUGAUCUUGGAUUCUGUCUAAGAAGUAUUAGCCAUCUUCUUUCCAGUCACUCCAGAGUUUCAUAUGAAAACCUCCCAUAUUGAGUGAAACAAGUUGAAGGACUAAAGCCCUGUGGUAGGCCUCAGAAGUUGUAGUGGGAUGCAAUUUGACCAAUCUCUUAAUCGGCGUCCAUGAGUUAAGAAUUUUAGUAAUGUGCUGAUCCACCUUUCAGCCAAUAUCUCUCCAGGUUAUAUAUAAGGAUAUCAUAGGAUUUUACAUUUCUUACUAAAGUCAUCAUAUAUAGCACAUUUUAUCUGGAGUUUUCACUAGGACCCUUUUCCUGUAGGUCUAUGCAAAUUUCUGGUGUUUUUGCUUAUGAUGUUUAUUGCAUCAUUUAUGUAUUUUUUUUUAAUUCUAAGCUACUUACAUUCAUUCCUGUGCAACUGGUGAUUUCUUCUUGUUUUAUUGUUUUUAAGGAUGUAUCUCUUUUUAUCUUGUAUGUUAUACUUCAGUAACAAAGUCUUUUUCCAAAUAAUCUUGAUGCGUUAAAAAAAAAUCUAAAGUACAACUUGAUCUGCAACCCAAGAGCCACAGGCAGCAGUGUAGAUUGUACAGGGCAGAGCAGUGUCUCAUUCAUGAAGGUGCCAUUCUUAUCAUAGACAGGUGGACCUAGAUGUUACAACUCUCGGCAGGAGGCAGGAAGCGUUCUUCUAAUAAAACCAUAUGGUUAGUUAUGUUGCAACAUAUAUGUAGCAGGUGGAAGUACAGUGACUUCAGUAAGGAGUGCUUUUCCACAGUGUAUGUUGAUGAUUUACCAAAGAUGCCACAUGGGUUAGCAGCAGCUCUAGAAUCUUCAAUUGCUCUCUGAAAGGAGCCAGUGAAGCUUUUUCCUUUAUGUUCUCUGGUUUACAUCCUCCUUGCCUUAAAAAAAAAGACAAAGAAAAGAAAACAGUGGCAUUGUAGGAGUGUGGCAGAGGAAUGGGGCGGCACAUAGGCGAUCUUCAAGGACCAAUUUGCUGUCUACCCUUGAGUUCAGGCUUCUUAGAAGGGCCAGUGCCACACUCGGUUUGCUGUUUUACCUCUUCUUCUCUUGACAUCCUCAACUACCAGGGCUGAAAAAAUAGCAAGUGAGAAAAAUAGUAGGAAGGGAAUGGCCCAGUUGUAAGUUUCCGCAGAUGUAUGUAUUGUUUAUGAUAUAAAUACAGUAUAUUUGUGCACAUUUCUGUAUGUAUGCUGUACUGCAAUAAAAAUUUAAAGAAUCUUGACUAGUGCAAUAACCUUCAUAUGUAUUUAUUUAUUAUAUGAAAUUUCUGUUCCAUGUUAGUGGAGCACAUGAGAAGAGUCUAGUAGAUGCAUUUAUGCUUUGGAGAUAUGGACUAAAAUACAGAUUACAAAUUGUAUGAAAUCAGGGAAGGAGGGAGCACCUUCAAGAGAUAGGCAACAGUUUAGGCAGUGUUGCCUAAACUGCUGUAACAAACAGAACCAAAAUUGCAAUGGGUGAAACAUAAUAGAAGCUUAUUUCUUGCUCAUGUAUAAACCAAGGGGCUUCCCAAGUCAGAGGGCUUCUCUCUUCCAUGUGGCGACUCAGGUCUGAGGAUUUUUCCAUCCUAUGGCUACCAUCUUAUCACCCAGGGCCUUUUGGUCAUCUGUAUCCCAACAGUGAAAGAAGAAAGCAAGGAAAAGGUACUCCUGCUUCUUCAAAGCCUCACCUGGAGGUAGUGUGCUUUGUUCCUAUUCAUCUUAAUUGGUAAGAACUAAUCUUGUGGCCACACUUAGCUGUCUGAAGGGGGGGGGCUAAGAAAUUGUUUUCCCCUGGUUGGGUAGCUACAUCACAGCUCAAAGUCAAUGACUGUGGAAGACUGCGUGCACAGUAUGGGGGCAGCUGACCAUGUCUGCCACAGGCAGCCGUUCUCCAGAGCAAGUAAACAGGUUCUACUGUUGAGGAGAGAUAUGGCAUACAUAUUAAGGCACUGUGGACAGAGAAAACUAACAAUAAUUCAAACACAAGCUUCAAAAGUGAGAUGCCUCUAUGCACUUGCUAGAAUUGCUAACAUUAAGAAGACUGACACACCACCAUUGAUUGGCAAAGAUGUGUAAUACUUGGAACUUUGAGUAUCAUUGGUAGAAGGAUAAAAUUUGGAAAAAUUCUGAGGUUUCCUAUAAAAUAAAACAUCUACUGACAUUAUGUCCCAUCAGUUCCCCUCCUAGGUAUUCACCUAAAGAUGUAUUCCACAAAAGGACUUGUGCAAGAACGUCUAGAGCAAGUCUAUUCAUAGUAAUGUCAAAUGGGCAACCACCCAAAUAUUCAUCAGAAGGAGAGUGGUGGGUGGUGCCCGUAGCUUAGUAGGUAGGUUACU